GGCGCCUGGCGCCUCGAUGACACGUCCAUGAAGCAACAGCCGACGCCGCACUUUGCCACGAACAGCAACUAUCAGCAACAGCAACAGCCACAGCCACAACUGCAACAUCAGCGCAGGGCCCAGCCCUUUAACUUUUAUGCACGCGACUACUACUUCCAGCAACAGCAACAGCAACAACACCAGCAGCAACAAUCGCCCCAAACAACUCUUAGCAAUGGCAACAUGAGGCAGCAGCAGCAGCAGCAGGAACACCAGCAACAUCUACAUCUACAGGAGCAGCAACAUCGGGAACAGCCGCAGACGAUCAUCAUCGAUGAGAGCGACGAAAAUGAGGUGGACGAGGAGCAGCGGCAGAAUUUUAAUCAGUAUAUGGCCCAGAUGAAGCAGUUUGCUGGCCCCUGCCACUCCUCCGGCGGAGAAGAUCCCCAUGAGGCCAUUAAGACAUUGUGCAAUAUCAGCAGCAACAGCAACAGCAACAACGCAACAAAUGCCAAUCAAACGGAAGCUACUACAACUACUACUAAUAGUAACGAUAAUGCUAAUAAUAAUAAUAAUAAUAAUCAGAGUUAUGCUAACAAUACUAGGAACUACAGCAAAAGGCAGCCGGCACCGUGAGCACAGCAACCAAUUGAUACUCAAAAUACAUAAGGAAAUCAAACAGAAAUCUUAAAUGUUGACCAUUGACCAUGCAAAACGUUGAAUGGUAAGCCAAAUUUAUUUGUCAAUUAUGUAAGCGGAAACGGAAAAGGAACGGAAUGGAACGGAACGGAACGGAAAGGAAGGAAUCUAAAGCUGAUCUGUGCGGGAGGCGACACAUUAUCAUGGUUUCAACUGGAUACGGAUGUUGCAGUCAUCCCCACAACACACACACACAACACAAAAAGCCAAUCCCCAAAUGUCGUAUAUAUUGUAGGCAAGAGUACGAGUAUCGUAAGAGAAUUUAUGCAUAAACCAAUUGUAAUUGUAACGUCUUGUUCGUGGGGCAAGCAAAAGGGUUUCCAAGGCAGCUAGCCAGGAGGUAGACGGUAGACGGUAGUUGGAAAAGCUAUUAGAGAUGAGAAACAGUUUUGAAAUCGAAGCACUCAAAUAUUAAACUAAACCUAAUCUAAAUGUAUUUCAAGAUCUACUCAUACGUAUAUAUGGAAUUAGAAAUUUACGAAUUACUGACUGCAAUUGUUGGACCUGUCAGACUCUUGUGCCAAAAAUUCUUUUGGUGGUAUUGCCAACUCCUUUGGCUGCACUCUCUUUGCACCUGUUUGUUGUUGCAUUUAACACACUGAUAUGUGCACCCCCAUAUACACACACACACACACACAUACUUAACCCACCCGGAAGUGGCUCCGACACUCAGAGCCGGCGACGAACAUUGAAGACAUUUUACUCGUACAUACUCGUACAAGAGAUUUCUGUGCUGCUAACCAUCUUACUGUUUUUUAUAUAUAAAUACAUACUAUAUAUAUGCGAUCUAGUGGAUGUCGUUUCGAUGUUACCUAUGCAUAACACUUAGCCAAUAGACGUACAUGAGAGAACUGUUAAAUAGAAUGAAAUGGGAACGGAAACGGAAAUGGAAUUUAAUCGAUAUUUACAUGAAACUUAUCUGCAAAUAUUUAUCUACGAUGUACAAAUCUGUGCGUUUGAUCCGUGUUAGUUGACUUUGAAGACAUGCAUUACAGCAAGCCCUAAUCUUAGACAAGCAGUUUUAAACUAAACUAAACUAAACUAAUUCAUUGAUUAUACAUGCUAAACUAAUGUUAAUUUAUUUAUAACCAUUCGGAGAGUCUCGAACUGGGCGACUGGGCAGCUGAUCGAACCAAUCUGUUGUAUUAUACGAGUAGUUAGCCCUGACGAAGAUGAUGGUCCGGAUCCAGCUGAGGUUUUCGUGUUUGUUAUCCAGUCUAUACGAUAUACCCCACAUACGAUAUACAGGCAGACAGACUCUUCUUACCGUGUAAAUAUGAUUGAUGAUUCUCCCACGAUUUCUGCUAGUUAAUGUAUAUUUAAAUUCAAUUCUUUUGUAAUUUGUUGUUGUACAUUGAUUGCCAAAUCCCCGAUGUUGGUGCGCGCACACACACAAACACACACACACAAACACACACACACAAAAAAACACACACAUGAAACAAACAUCUAAUUGCCUAAAGAAUUAAUGCAUAAAUCUAUGAAAUAUAUAUAGUUAUAUAUAUUAUACACACAUAUUCAUAAUAUUUAUUUGUUCUACUUCUUAACAUGAAAUGUUUAGUAAUUAUUAUUAAUUAUUAUUAAUAAUGCUACAUCAAAUACUGCCCCCGACUUAAUGUUUGUUUAAUGUUUAUUUUUAACGCUGUUUUGUUAAACAAAAAAAAAUUUUAAGAAAUUUAUCUAUAUAUGAUGUGAUAACUAUAGUAAAACUAAACAUACGCACACCCACACAAAAACACACACACACACACACAAACAUUACAGAUUGAAAUUAUGUUAAUUAAGCUGGAGAAUUGAGGGAAGGUUUUUUUUAAAAAAACGUUCUAUAAUUUGUGUGGUACGCAAAAUGGUGCUAAAUCCAAAUAUACUUUAAAUGCGCGGAGGCGACGGAACGAGAGACGACGAAGGAACGAUAAAGUAUCCCCCCAAGCAGACGACGGUUGGGUGGCAGGAGGAACAGUGUAAUAGGAGCGUGUAGAAGGAGAGCUUUCUCCGAAUCGUAUCGUAUGUGCAAUAUGACUAGUUUUCGUUUUCGUUUAAGGUGCAAGCGGGGAGAAUAGGGAAUAGACGAGAGGCCACAGCAGAUUAUUUGAAAAGCAAAAAACAAAAACAAAAAAAAGAGAUCUAAUUGUAUAUAGUAUAAAGCGGUAAGCGGUGCUUGCCCCAUGCACUCGACUCGUUGUGCCCCAAGUGCAGCCAGGACUUGGUCGGAGGUCCAGUGCUUGGUGCAGACGCCGCUUGAACACUAAAUAAAUGUUAGCAUAUCACCAUGAAUAUGAUUAUUAUGGUUAAAUAAAUAUAUGUAUAUCUGAUAUCGGAAGAACCAGGCGGAAGAGCAGCUAGUUAAUGAGAACUUUUCGCUACAGUUUCUGUGUCUAUUUACAAUAAAUGUCAUAAAGCCUAUCAAAUUAUCGAUCACACACACACACACACAUCAAAUCAGAACUCACCCACACACACACACACACACACUAGCAUAUUUAUUUGGGAGCCCGUGAGACAUUUGAAUCCUCUCUCUCUUUGAUUUUUUGAUUUGGAUUUCGAUUUCGAUUUAGAACUUGACUUUGAUUUCGUUUAACCAAUUUUAACAGCAUUUUGCAGUCGAUGAAGAGUGGUUCGAACCCUUAGUUUUAAGGACGUGCUAGUUUGAAUGUAAAACCUAGUUUAAUCUAAUUUUUGUAUUAAUAAAUGCAAUACAAACUAUUUUUAGUUUUAUUUAUAUACAACAAGAACAGCAGCAGCAACAACAAAAUAUAAAAAAACAAAGCGAAAACGCAGGAAAAAAUAAAAAAAAAUGAAAAUCAGAUUAAUUAACGUUAAGCAAAUUGAAGCAAGUCCAGAGAAUGCUUGCAGCAUUUGUUACAAUUUAUACAUAAAUAUAUAUUACAAUAUUUUUUAAAACGAUUUUUAAUAAACAUUCUAUCCAUUA